UGAUGGUACUCAUUUAUUUGAAUUCAGUUACGAAAAAACUAUCAAUAUGAAUUCCUGUAACUUCAGCUUGGAAACCAUAUUGAAUAAAUUAUACCAAUUAGACCCGAACAAAGGUCCGGGACCUGACGGAAUAGCUCCUUUAUUAUUAAAGAAAUGUAGAUUUACCUUGGCAAAACCUUUGUUUCUACUAUUUACUGCAUCACUGAAUUUAGGACAAUUUCCACGCUCGUGGAAAUCUAGUUUUAUUACCCCAAUAUUCAAGUCGGGGGAUAAAGCAAAUAUAAAAAAUUAUAGACCGAUCACAAUUCUAAGUGCAAUCCCAAAAUUAUUAGAGAGUUUGAUAUGUGAUCAAAUAAAGAAUCCAUUGAACCAAGUCAUUAUACAAGAACAACACGGUUUUUGCCUGGGUAAAUCAACAACCACAAAUUUGUUAACGUUAACUCAAUUUGUGCUGAAUGCCUUGGAACAAAAGUACCAAGUGGACGUAAUCUAUACAGACUUUUCAAAGGCAUUCGACACAGUUAAUCAUACAGUAUUGCUCGGGAAACUUAAAGCGAUAGGGUUUUACGGAGAUUUAUUGAAUUGGUUUGCAAGCUAUCUUCGAGAUAGAAAUCAAUAUGUAAAAGUCAAGAGUUUCAUAUCUGAGGAGAUUUACGUCACGUCAGGAGUGCCACAAGGAAGCCACUUAGGCCCUUUCUUGUUCAAUAUAUUCAUCAAUGAUAUUGAAGAAAUAAUCAAACAUUCAAAGUUUUUGCUGUUUGCAGACGAUCUCAAAAUCUUUAGCCGUGUCAUCAGCAAACAACAUUGUGAGAACGUUCAAAGGGACCUCACCGCAAUUGUCAAAUGGUGCUCCGAAAACUACAUGGAGCUGAAUGUAAAUAAAUGCAAUGCUAUGUCAUUUUAUCGAUCAAUUGAACAUAUUGAAUUUGAUUAUAACAUUGAUGGCAAACCCCUCACAAAAGCAAACAUUGUUCGGGACCUAGGUGUUCUUUUUGACACCAAGGUUGAUUUCCAUCUUCACUAUGAACAGGUUGUGAAUAGUGCGACAAAAAUGCUGGGCUUUGUGUGCAGGACCACAAGAGAAUUCACUAAUGUCAACUCCAUCAGAACUCUUUAUUACUCUUUGGUCAGAUCAAUAUUGGAGUACUGUUCAUGUGUGUGGUCGCCAACAUAUGAAAUACAUAUUAAUAAAAUAGAAAAAACUCAGAACAAAUUUUUAAGAUUUCUAGCUUAUAAAUUGAAUAUACCUUUAACUGAAAACACACUUAGUGAAGUUCGUGCUAUAACAGAAAUAGUAAAACUGAGUACUCGUAGAGUUUGUGCAGACAUCAGAUUUCUACAUAAGAUUUUGAAUAACAAUAUUGACUGUCCAUACCUCUUGUCCAAAAUUGGUUUACAUGUUCCAGCCAGAGUAACUCGAAACACUCAGACAACACAAGGUGAUUCCUUAUAUGAAGUCUUAGCGUUACCCAAAACUGCAACCAAUGAAGAGAUUAAAAAGACUUACAGGCGUUUAGCAUUGAAGUACCAUCCGGAUAAAAACCCCGACAAUCCAGACGCUGCCGAGAAAUUCAAAGAAGUCAAUAGAGCACACUCUAUACUAAGUGAUGCGACAAAACGAAAUAUAUACGAUAAUUAUGGAUCUCUGGGACUCUACAUUGCUGAGCAGUUUGGUGAAGAAAAUGUCAAUGCCUAUUUUGUUGUUACUUCAACUUGGUGCAAGGCAUUAUUCUUCUUCUGCGGUAUAAUAACAGGUUGCUACUGUUGCUGUUGUUUAUGCUGUUGUUGCAAUUUCUGCUGCGGAAAAUGCAAGCCCCGAGCUCCAGAAGAUACAGGAGAAUAUCACACAUUGAACGAUGAUGCAUCUGAUGAGGAUCGUGCAGGUUCUCCAGUAACCAGUCAGCCAUCUCCAAAGAAAGGACAGAGUGUCCCAGUAUAUGCUAUGCCUCCUCCACCAUCAAGUAAAAUGGGUGAGAGUGCUGCUCUCAAUCAAGGUGAUGUCCCUGUUUAUACCCCUGAUUUAUUCCAUGGUAAAUAAGAGUUGGGAGGUGAGAAUAUGAAUUACCAGCAGAAAAGUGAUGAGUCAUUUUCAAGGAAAUACAAUGGAUAGCAAUGUAUUAGAUAUUAUUGAUCUAAUAUUGACUGAUAAUGAUAAAUGUAACCAGAGUCGCAACGAGUAAAUGAAAAACUAAGAUGGUGAUGUGAGUUCAUCAAUUGAAAUUUUAGAAUUGCUAUUGAUUCUUGAAAACUCUUGGAAAAAUCAAGUCAAAAAACUCUUGAGUACUGGAAAAUUUGUAACCUUAAACCUGAGUUUUAUUCGGCAAUUAAUAAUUCCCAUAACCUCACUUUAUCUAAUUGAUCAAGUAUUUAACGGAGUCUGUUUUUCAUUUUAGAUUUGAAGUAAAGGAGGAGAUUAGAUGAAAUUGUUAAUUAUGGUAUGUCCUGAACACCGAAAUCCAUAUUGGUAGAGAAGAAAUUAUCAAUUAUCUUCUUUAACCUAGUCCUAUUUCAAUUCUCUUAGUUAUUAGUCGACCGGUGAAUUAACUACAUUAAACGUAAGGUUAAAAUGAUGAUAAAAAUAGUUUUAUCCUUAUGUUCUUUCUUGUAUGUAAUGAAGUGAAAUCAUUUUAUCUUAAAAUUGAACUUAUGCAAAAUAUUUGGUGUUUAUUCAAGAUAACCAGUGCACGUUGUGAAUUCACAAGGAAAGGUUCAGUAUUUUUUCAGUAUAUUCAUUUGUGGCAACUUGGAUUUUCAUGGCACAAACUGCACAAUUAUAAUUUUAUUCUUUAACCCCUUCUCUGAAUUUGUUAUACUCACUAGUUUUUAUUGUGCCAUACUCUUAUGUUAUCUGUUGAAACUGUUCGUUUGAACAUAUACCAUUAUGUUUAAAUUGUCUUGUCUUUUAGCCAGUUGAAGUAUUUUGAUUCGAUUUUUCCUCAUCAAAAUAAAUUAUUGUUAAUGAAGCCAUGUUAUGUGUUAUUCAUUGUAAGUAGAAAAAAGAUUGUCACUUUUAAUAAAAUGUAAUUUUAAUAUUUAUUCAGUAUACCAUUGUUACUUAUUAGAUGUAAUUAAUGAAUGGUUAUAGCCUAGAUUUAAUUAUACAUUACUAUAUUCUAGAAACUUCAUGUGUAUAUUCACUGAAAAUAAAGUUAUUCCCCAUCUAAUCUGGAA